AUGGAAGAAUUUCCUUUGGGAAAUGUUUUAGAUGCCGUUGUCUCUCAAAUAAUUAUCUUGCUGAGGGAAAAGAACAUACAGUUUCUCCAUGAGAUUCCAAAGGAGGUCAUGACACUAUCUUUGUAUGGAGAUCAGAUAAAGCUUCAACUGAUCUUGUCAGAUUUCUUGUUUAGUGUUGUUCAUCAUGCACCCUCUCCAAAUGGUUGGGUAGAAAUCAAGAUUUCACCCGGUCUGAAGCUGAUACAGGAUGGCAAUGAAUUUAUCCGUUUACAGUUCAGACUGACACAUCCAGGUAAGGGACUUCCUUCUGCUCUCAUCGAUGAAAUAUUUGAGGGAAGAAAUCAAUGGACUACACUAGAAGGUCAGAGGCUAAACAUGUCUCUGAAACUACUCAACCGGAUGAAUGGCCAUGUUCAGUAUACAAGAGAACACGAUAGAUGUUACUUCGUCAUUGACCUUGAACUGCAAUCAGAGAAAGCGAAACCAAAGGGGUUGCAAGCAGACGAGUAG